AUGCAGGAGGAGGCGAAGAAACGGCCGAUAAUCUCUGCUAGAGAAAGAGGCCCGGGCCCUGGACGCUACGCUCUGCCCCCUACAGUUGGAUACAUCAACCAUGACUUCACCAAGUCCAACAGCCCUGCAUACUCCUUUCACAGCCGCAUGAGCAGUGCAAUGGUCUCUGUGGACUCCAGCCCAGGACCAAGGUACCACAUUGACGCCAAAGUCACCCGGUUUGGCCGGAUGGAAACCCCCUCGUACUCCAUUUUGGGCAGAGGAAGGCGCACAGGGAAUAACAAAGACGUGCUGUUCCAGACUCCAGGGCCCGGGUCCUACAGCCCAGAGAAGGCUCCCCCUCUCAAUGGUCACCACAGACCACCAUCCUACACCAUGGGCUCUCGCACUAGAUACCGCUCUGUGGAUGCUGUACCAGCACCCAACAGCUACAGUCUUCCUAAUCUGCUGGGCUGCCAGGUUCCCAAUAAACCCUCCAGUGCCCGCUACAGCUUCUCAGCCCGGAGGAAGAUCGGAGCUCCCUCCAAUGACCUCUCCAUGAGCCCUGGACCAGCAAAAUACGACACCACCAACCCGGACAUUUACCACCAACGCCAGCCCUCUUUCUCCAUGCAGAGACGGACUAAGAGGCCUAGUUAUUCCUCUGCUAUCCCCGGCCCUGGCACGUACAGUCCGGAGAAGUUUCAUGUGCAUCUCCCCAAACCACCGGCCUUCACUCUGGGUGUCAGACACUCAGAGUUUGUCACCCCACUCGUGGUGAAUGUCGUUGACUGA